GCUGACUAUAUUAGUUUUGAAAAGAUCGAUCGACGGAUGAAUCGCUUCUCAAGUGUUCCUAGUUGAAGAGUUUUAUUCCGUUUGUCAUAGCAAUAAUGAUAGCAAACUUGACCUUACUUUUUGUGGUACACUCAAGCUUGCAACGAGAUAGUAAAGAAACCAAACUUGGGAUAUCCAGGGGGAACCAUUUGUGCUCUUUUUCAAGAACUCGUCGCCAAGGUCGCUAUAACAAAGUAUCGGGAAAUAACCGAUUCCACUAUAGGAAAGGAAGCUUUAUUUGCGUACAAUCUUCAGAUCCAGCAAAACUACAUUUGCAAGGAAAUAGUCUUUAUGAGUUAAACGAAUCUUUUACUUUUUCACGUUCAAAGAUAAGGAUAGCCAUUCCUAGUAAAGGAGAUAUCGGAGAAGAUACCAAGUCACUACUAAAAGAGUCAGGCCUGGAAAUUCUUCUACAUAACCCAAGGCAAUAUUGGGCUACUGUAAGGGAUUUUCCGGAAGUAGAAGUUUGGUUACAAAGACCCACAGAUAUCGUUCGAAGAGUUCAAGAAGGACAGGUUGAUAUCGGAUUUGUAGGCUAUGAUAUCGUCACAGAAUAUCAAGAUAGUCCAGAUUCCACUUUGCUCAUUCACGAGGGCCUUGGAUACGGUGGUUGUAAACUCGGUGUCGGUAUUCCAAUGAGUUGGGUACACGUGACGGACAUGAAUGAACUCGCACGUUUCUCAGAAGAACGAAAUUCUCCUCUCCUGAUUACUACUAAAUAUCCCAAGACGGUAAAAAAGUUUCUGCAGGAGAAAGGAAUGAAAAACUAUCGUCUUCUGCAUAUGGAUGGAGCAUUAGAAGCUGCAACACAAAUGGGAUGCUCAGAUCUUAUUAUUGACCUUAUAUCAUCGGGAACUACAUUGCGUGAAAAUUUGUUGAAAGAAAUUACAGAAGGAACUGUCUUAGAGUCAGAUAUGAUUAUGAUCGGUAGUCCUUUGACGAUGGCUUUAAACAAUACAUUUGGCCACAAAGUGAGGUCUUUUACCAGAGAACUUCUUGAACGCAUCGAAUCACAUCUCGCAGCCAAGGACCACUUUAGUAUUAUUGCAAAUAUCAAAGGCUCUAGUCCAGGAGAUGUUGCUAGAAAGAUUGGAAGUCAAGUCGAUUUAAAGGGAAUGGACGGACCAACAGUGAGUCCAGUUAUUCCGCCUAGAGGUUUCGAUUCUGGAAUGUAUGCUAUUGGUGUUGUCGUUAAAAAGAAUCGUCUUUACAAAGCUAUCGAACAACUUCGAGGCAUAGGAGGUAGUGGGGUUUGUGUUCUUCCAGUUUCAUAUGUUUUCGAGAAAAAGUCAGCACGCUGGGAAAGAAUCAUCAAAACUUUAGGCUUAGAUGGUGAUUCAUGAUGAGAUGCAAGUUACAAUAUG